UAACGUCAUCAGUACAAUAUAAUUGUUUUGGCCAAAUAACAUCAUUAUUUUAUAAAAUAUAAACAAUUUUCGAAUAAUAUUUUGAAAUAGGAGUAAGAUAUUAUCUGAAAAUUUCUUUUAUAUAUUUGUAAGAUUUUUUUUAUGGUACCAAGAAAUUUACAAUUAACAGCCCAAUUAUUGAUAUGGUCAUUUUAUCAUCUUAGAUUAAUGUAUUAAUUAUAUAAUACAAAGCAUGUGAUUCUUGUGAUAUAUUUCAAUUAUUUAAAUACAAGAACAUCGUAUUGUGAUUAUCACUAUAUAUAAUCCAAUGUAGGAUGCAUGCAAAAGCAUCCCACUACACCAUAACACCACAAAACAAUCAAAAUGGCCUCAGGCAAUAUCUUCCGAGAAGUAGAACUACCUGAGCAAAAACCUGACAGCGAUGGCGCUCUUUUCCCAGCGGUGUUAUCCCCGAUCUCUAACGCUGAUUUUACUUCAACAGCAAAACUCAAUGGCUUCGAAGAGGCGAUUAAAGCUCACAAGCCAUGGCUCGAGUCUCUUCUCCAGAAAAGAGGUGCUAUCCUCUUCAGAGGCUUCCCUGUAAACUCUACUUCCGACAUGAAUGAUGUGGUGGAAGCAUUUGGCUUCCCUGAAGCGUUCUAUGUUGGUGGCAGAGCCUCUCGAACCAAAAUCCUUGGCCGGAUUUACACCACAAAUGAAGCUCCUCAGGAUAAGACUAUUCCUUUCCAUCACGAGAUGGCUUAUGUUCCAGACUACCCCUCGAAGCUAUUUUUCUUUUGCCAAGAAGCACCAAGAAGUGGGGGAGAAACUCCAAUAGUUUUGAGUCAUAUCAUCUACGACAAGAUGAAAGAGAAGCACCCAGAUUUCGUUGAAAAACUUGAGGAGCAUGGAUUGACUUAUACGAAAAUAAUGAGUGACGAGGAUCUUCCAUCAUCUUUCACCGGCAGCGGUUGGAAGUCGGCAUAUAUGACCGAUGACAAGAAUGUUGCAGAGGAAAGGGCAGCGAAGUUGGGCACAAAGCUGGAAUGGAUGGGAAAUAGCGUAAAAACUAUAACCGGUCCCGUGCCAGGCAUAAAAUUUGAUAAAGGAAGUCAACGGAAAACUUGGUUCAAUAGUCUCGCAAAUAGUUAUGGUGGCCCCGCGAAUGCUGAAAUUUAUGACGACAGCAGAUCUAUUGAGUUUGGGAAUGGUGAACCUUUGUCGGAUUCUGCCAUGAAAGAUUGCUUGCGAAUCCUUGAAGAAGAGUGUGUUGCAAUACCUUGGAAGAAAGGUGAUGUCAUGCUUGUUAAUAAUUUGAUGGUUCUCCAUAGCCGACGCCCACUAAUAAAGCCACCUCGCCGCAUUCUCGUUUCCCUUUGCAAGUGAGGGAAAACAGGAGUCAUUCAAACUACUAUUCAUGCAAAACUAUCCCAUUCUCAUAAAUUAUUGUUUUUUAAUCAUUUUGUACUAUAUGUUUGUAAUAAACCGAAUCCUAGUGUUCGAUGCCAGGUAAGUGGGUGGAGAUGAUGAUUUGAAACACAUGUUUAAAAGAUUUCUAUUUUUAUGGUUUUUGUAAACUAUAAAUGCCAUAUGCUCAUUUGUUGUUUUAU